UAAUUAAUUAAGUCGUCAUGAAGUUUCUCUUGUUCUACUUGUCAUCAUUCUUCUUCUCUUUCUUUUGCACCUACUCGGCGACUACUCCAAAGCCAACUAUAAUUUUCGACACCACAGGGGAGCCACUCAAGGUCGGAGAAAAAUACUAUGUCCUUAGAAAGCCAACGAUACUCAACUCGGGGGCAUUUGGGGGCCUAAAACUCUCUGACUACUCGAAUCAAGGAUGCGCUAAUGUCCUGACACAAGCAUCCCCCUCGGAAUUAGGUAUCCCUGUCAGCUUCCAUCCCCUGCAAGGAUCCGACAUCCGUCUCUCCCAAUCACUCAACAUUAGGUUCGAAACCACCAAGCCGGCGUGCGCCAGCUCCACAGUGUGGCAAGUAGGCAAGACCGAUCCAGUUUCACAGUUACCAUUAAUAACUAUUGGAGGCGUGCUAGGUAAUCCAAGUUGCGCCAAUGCCCGGAACGGGUUCAGGAUUGAGAAGGGUUCGAUCCCCAACACCUACAGGUUGGUGUCAUUCCCAAACGACAUUUGCAACGUGGCUGCCAUAAACCAUGAGGUGGUUAUUGUUACGGGAAGCAAUGGACAAAAAGUUUUGGUUCGAUCUAACAGCAGCCAUAAAAAAUAUAAUGUUGUUUUCGCGAAAGCACCACCACCGUAAGGCGUCGUUUCGAUUUCAUUUAAUUUGUUCUUCUCUUUUCCUUUUUUUUUUUUUUUUCUAAUCCCACACAUGCGUACACUCACGCACUUCAUAGAAUUGAACCUGUUGAGCUACACCUUCAAGCAUGCCAAUAAGUGCUCAACCGCUUGAGCUAUAAUUUAUCGGGGAUUUUGUUUAAUUUGAGAUCUUCUGUAAUUUAUUCAUGUGAAAUAUAUAUAUAUA